GGUGGCGGGGCUUUGGUGGGGGUCCCGGGCUCAUCCCGCGGGGAGCGUGGCCUGCGGGGAGGGCCCCGGCCUAACUGGCCGCGGCCCGGGAGGAGAGGGGUGAGCGCAAGGCCGACCCCGGGCUUUGGGCCUGGGGUGGAGGCUGGGCGGACUCUAGCCCCCGCUGGCCCCCUCGCAGGCCACCGAGCCCCGGGCGGGCCCGUGAGCAGCCCCUCCCGGUCUGGGCCCCCUCCCACCGCCCUUGUCUGUCGCGGGGCUCCGUGAGCCUCGGACUGUCGAUGGUGGGGGCUUCGUGCCUGAAAUUCUCUGGGAUUGCGGGCCCAGAAUUGACCUCCUACUCCCUGGGCCCGCACCACCCCCCACUCCGGCCGGAGCACGCCGAGCAGCUCCCCGUCUCUCCGUAAGCGGCUGCAGCUCUUGCCCUCAAGCCGGCCCCCACCCGAGCCUGAACCAGGCACCAUGGUGGAGAAGGGGUCAGACAGCUCCUCAGAGAAGGGUGGCGUGCCUGGGACCCCCAGCACCCAGAGCCUGGGCAGCAGGAACUUCAUCCGCAAUAGCAAGAAGAUGCAGAGCUGGUACAGUAUGCUGAGCCCCACAUACAAACAGCGGAACGAGGACUUCCGGAAACUGUUUAGCAAACUCCCUGAGGCUGAACGCCUCAUUGUGGAUUACUCCUGUGCCUUGCAGCGCGAGAUCCUCCUCCAGGGCCGCCUCUACCUCUCUGAGAACUGGAUCUGCUUCUACAGCAACAUCUUCCGCUGGGAAACAACAAUUUCCAUCCAGCUGAAGGAAGUGACGUGUCUGAAGAAGGAAAAGACAGCUAAGCUGAUCCCCAAUGCCAUCCAGAUCUGCACUGAGAGCGAGAAGCAUUUCUUCACCUCCUUUGGGGCCCGGGACCGCUGCUUCCUCCUUAUCUUCCGCCUCUGGCAGAAUGCGCUGCUUGAAAAGACGCUGAGUCCCCGCGAGCUCUGGCACCUGGUGCAUCAGUGCUACGGCUCAGAGCUGGGCCUCACCAGCGAGGAUGAGGACUACGUCUGCCCCUUGCAGCUGAACGGUCUGGGGAACCCCAAGGAAGUGGGAGAUGUGAUCGCCCUGAGUGACAUCACCCCCUCUGGGGCAGCUGACAAUAGCCAGGAGCCGAGCCCGGUGGGUUCGCGCCGUGGCCGCAUCACCCCCAACCUUUCCCGGGCCAGCAGCGAUGCAGACCACGGGGCAGAGGAGGACAAGGAGGAGCAGACAGACAGCCAGCCCGACGCCUCCUCCAGCCAGACAGUGACGCCGGUGGCUGAACCCCCGAGCACAGAGCCUACCCCGCCUGAUGGGCCCACCUCCCUGGGCCCCUUGGACCUGCUGCCCAGUGAGGAACUGUUGACAGACACGAGUAACUCCUCCUCGUCCACAGGGGAGGAAGCUGACCUGGCCGCCCUGCUUCCUGACCUCUCUGGCCGUCUGCUCAUCAACUCAGUCUUCCACGUGGGUGCCGAGCGGCUCCAGCAGAUGCUCUUCUCGGACUCGCCCUUCCUGCAGGGCUUCCUGCAGCAGUGCAAGUUCACAGAUGUGACCUUGAGUCCCUGGAGCGGGGACAGCAAGUGCCACCAGCGCCGAGUGCUGACCUACACCAUUCCCAUCAGCAACCCGCUGGGCCCCAAGAGCGCCUCUGUGGUGGAGACACAGACGCUGUUCCGGCGCGGCCCGCAGGCAGGCGCAUGUGUGGUGGACUCCGAGGUGCUGACGCAGGGCAUCCCUUACCAGGACUACUUCUACACUGCCCACCGCUACUGCAUCCUGGGCCUUGCCCGGAACAAGGCCCGACUCCGAGUGUCCUCUGAGAUCCGCUACCGGAAACAGCCCUGGAGCCUUGUGAAGUCACUAAUCGAGAAGAACUCGUGGAGUGGCAUCGAAGAUUACUUCCACCACCUGGAGCGAGAGCUUGCCAAAGCCGAGAAGCUGUCCCUGGAGGAAGGUGGGAAGGAUGCCCGGGGAUUGCUGUCAGGCCUGCGGAGGCGGAAGCGGCCCCUGAGCUGGAGGGGUCACGGCGAUGGGCCCCAGCACCCAGACCCUGACCCCUGUGCCCGGGCUGGCAUGCACACCUCGGGCUCCCUCAGCUCGCGCUUCUCGGAACCGUCCGUGGACCAGGGCCCCGGGGCAGGCAUCCCCAGCGCCCUUGUUCUCAUCAGCGUCGUCCUCAUCGUCCUCAUCGCCCUCAAUGUCCUCCUCUUUUACCGCCUCUGGUCUCUGGAAAGGACGGCCCAUACUUUCGAGUCCUGGCACAGUCUGGCCCUGGCCAAGGGCAAAUUCCCCCAGACGGCCACGGAGUGGGCGGAGAUCCUAGCCCUGCAGAAGCAGUUCCACAGCGUCGAGGUGCACAAGUGGAGGCAGAUCCUGAGGGCUUCCGUGGAGCUCCUAGACGAGAUGAAGUUCUCUCUGGAGAAGCUGCAUCAAGGCAUCACGGUCUCAGACCCGCCCUUCGACUCCCAGCCACGGCCCGACGACAGCUUCUCCUGAGGACACCCAGCCAUGUGGCCGACCCCCCUAACGGACAGAUGGACACAGAGCCUCGGCGGCCACUGCUGGCACGGUGUGAGCGCCGGGAGCCUCCCGCCCGCCCCUCCCAGUGGCCCAGCCAGGGGCCACACAGACAUGGGGACCACAGAACCGAGAUGCACUUUAGAUCAGCGUGUGCGAGUCCAGCUGCCAUCGCCUGCCUAGCCAGGGAGCUGGCCUGGCCUUCGGCAGGCCCCCCGCUAACUUAUUUUGCCCAGCUGGGGUUGUGGGGGGUGCCUCUGGGGUGCACGAUGCCCUCAGCUCUGGGUUUAAUGUAUUAUAUUUAUUUGGGGCUGACAGAGCCCCAAUAAAGGGUUGGAAAUGGC